GUUAGUGAUGGCCAUCACUGUCCGGAGCCUCAGUUGCGCUUGGUGUGUGUCUGACCUCUCGGUGCUACUUGCUGUUGCGUGGUUGCUUAUUGUCAACAAAUAAACAUUCUCAGUUGGUCAUUUCACAUUUUUUAUAACAAUGGCCAGCUUAGAAAGUAUGGAGAAGUACCUGAAAUCGUUGAAGGUUAAUAUAAACGCACUGAAAAGCUACAUUAUGUGUGUUAAUAAGGCGAGCAGGCGGCAUCAACACCAAUCAGCAGACGACAACAACAAUUGGUGCUCUGCUUAACUCAUUUUUAUUACCUUGGAACUAUCAACAACUACAGAACAUGGGAGUUGUAGGGAUCGUCAGGUAUGCCCUCGGCUCUGUGAUGAUGAUUGGCGCGGCGCCAGAAUACCUCGGAGUGUGGCUGAUGUGGCGGGGUGCAACUCUGGUGCUCCCUAACUGGGUGUACCAGUGGGGUGAUGAUAAACUGUACUCCCUGUACCAGCGUCUGGUGCUCUUCUUCUUUGAGACUUGUACUAGAACACAAGUGGUGGUUUAUGGUGAUGCAGAUGCGUUAAAGAAGAAGGAGAGUGUGUUGUACCUGGCCAAUCAUCAGUCCACAGCUUACAGGCCGUGGUUCAUGCGAUAUUCAUCUUCAAAACAUGUGGCAGCAGAGGCAGUCUACUGGGAUAAACAUAAACAUGACUGCAACGCCUGUGAAAGUGAAGCAGUGCACAUAAGAAGCUCAUGGUCUCGCCUGCCAAUUUUAUUUUGCGGCAUAUGCCGGUAAAUGCCAAAAAUACCGUUAAAUAUAUUUGUUAAAAAUUUUGCCAUUAAAUGCGAGUUUCUGUAAAAUGGAUUGCUGUUAAAUUGAAGCAUAACCUUUAAUUCUAUUCGCAGUGAAAUGCUUAGGUCAUACCUGUAUAUGAUUUUGUAGCUGUGGGCAGCUCAGAAUGUUAUAUGAUGAUUACAGAGUUGUACAAACAUAAAUUUCUGGCAUGAAUAGUUUCUGGACCAGCCUGCCUGCCACACUUGUUUAUACCAGCCUUCCUGCCACACUUGUUUAUACCAGCCUUCCUGCCACACUUGUUCAUACCAGCCUUCCUGCCACACUUGUUUAUACCAGCCUUCCUGCCACACUUGUUUAUACCAGCCUUCCUGCCAAGCUUGUUUAUACCAGCCUUCCUGCCACACUUGUUUAUACCAGCCUUCCUGCCACAUUUGUUUAUACCAGUCUUCCUGCCACACUUGUUUAUACCAGUCUUCCUGCCACACUUGUUUAUACCAGUCUUCCUGCCACACUUGUAUAUACCAGCCUUCCUGCCACUUAAUCAUUAUUUACCAUUAAAAUAAAGCAAUAAUAAUGAGAUGUUUUGCCAAGUGUGACCUUUUCAUAUCUUUUGUGUGGCUUUUUACCCUCUUUUCCCCCUAA